AGAGGAAGAAGAAGAAGAAGCAGCACUUCCUGCUGCAGACCAGCAGCGUUACGACGUCUGUGGGGCCUCUCGGAGUGACAUGAAGCUGAUGGAGGACAUGGAGGCUCUGAGGGAGGCUCUGGGCUGCGCUGACGUGCAGGAACUGGUCAGCAAGGUGGUGUCGCAGCAAGCCACCCAGAAGCUCCUCCUCUCUGAGGUUACCCGCUGUGAGGAGCUAACUCGGCAGGAGGACACAGCUCUGACCCAGCUGCACCUGCAGCACGCUGAGCUCAAGUUCAGCAGCAAACCUGCAGCUAGCAGGUUUGACGGGCUGAAGGGAGAAAUGGAGGCCAAGCUGAAUCAGGAAGUGUUCCGUGUCAGACGCCUGCAUGGCGCUCUGCAGCAGUCCCAGGACCUGUUGGCCACUGUGGAGCGGGGGGUCAACAACCUCUACUUCAGAAUGAGCUGCGUGCCCGUCCAGGAACUGUCCAGUGCAUCCUGUACUGAGAGCUUAGACAAAGUGAAGGACAUCAGCAACCGCCUGCCAACCUUACUGCAAAGAGCAUCACAGCACAAAGCUGAGAUCAGCUGCCUGGACCAAGAGAGGGUUCACAGUUUGCUUGAGCAGCUCAACCGGAUGGAGUCGAGGAACGUCAAAAGACCAAGCACCCCGAUACACUCUCCUGAAGUCAGCGAUGAUGAAGAUGAGUGCUGUCCCUCCCGCGACGAGAUAAAGAGCAGCAGCAUGAGACUGGUGGAAUCGGAGCAGAACAAGUCGAGAGGCAAGAAGAAGCAGUAGACCAGCGACUUACAAUAAACAAGAGAACAGACGUUCUGCUUCUGAUUGUCCCAGACCCUCAGUGUAAUAUGAAACCCAUUUUCGUUCCUUUUCUAUUCUGGACUACAUUAACGCGA